AUAUUUAGUUGGAGGACCAAUCGUGUAAUUUUGCCCUGCUGACUUCUUCAGCUCUCUGCUGCCGCACCCCGGACGAUAUUCUUUCUCCCUCCCCAACCCGACGUCCCUCCUUCUUCUUCUUCUUCUUCUUCUUCUUCUUCUGUAUCUCUCUCUGCUCUUCAUGACCGCAUGAGAUGGGCCAGAGCCCACCCCCACUCUCUUCUCCGGAGAUCCAACCCCCAUCAUCUGCAUCUCCUCCUCCACCCCAUCGCCACCAUCUCCCUCUCCGCCGAGCUCUCCCUGACCGAGUCCCUCGUCUCCCUACUCCACUCCCUCGUCCGCAGCGGCGUCGUCUUGCUCGCCAUGGCCGUCUACAACCGCAUGAUCAAGUCCGACUGCCGCCCCAAUCGCGCCACCUACAACAUCCUCAUGGACGGCCUCUGCAAGGCCGGCAUGGCCGACGACGCCCUCGCCCUGUUCGACGAAAUGCUCGGCCGAGGCAUCCCCCCCAACACCGCCAUCUACACCGUGUUCCUCUCGUCCCUCUGCAAGGCCGGUAAGCUCGACGAGGCGAGCGGCCUCUUGCACUCCAUGAGGCGCAAGGGGUGCGGCCCCGACGCCAUCACGUACAACGCGUUGCUGAGCGGGUUCUGCAAGCUGGGCCGCAUCGACGAGGCUUUCCAGCAUUUGGAGUCGUUCCGGGAGGAGGGCGGUUUCGUUCUCGGAUUGAGCGGGUACAGCUGUUUGAUCGACGGCCUGUUCAGGGCGGGGCAGUUCGACGAGGCGUGUCGGCAUUACAGGGAGAUGCUGGAGAGGAAUGUGGCGCCGGACGUCGUCCUCUAUACGAUAAUGAUCAGAGGGCACGCCGAGGCCGGUAGAAUCGAGGAUGCUUUCGCGUUCUUGGGCGAGAUGUCUAAUCGCGGUCUAGUCCCCGACACAUUCUGCUAUAACACUCUCAUUAAGGGCCUCUGCGACGCGGGUUAUCUUGAUCGGGCGCGUUCUCUCAGGUUGGAGAUCUCGCAGAACGACAGGUUCCCCGACUCGGCCACGUACACUAUCAUGAUUUGCGGGCUGUGCAAGGAAGGUCUUGUUCACGAGGCGCAGCAAAUCUUCGAUGAGAUGGGGAAGCUAGGGUGCUAUCCGACGGUCAUGACGUUUAAUGCGCUCAUUAACGGUUUUUGCAAGGCUGGGAAGCUAGAAGAAGCCCGCAUCCUGUUCUAUAAGAUGGAGAUGGGACGAAACCCUUCUCUGUUCCUUAGGCUCUCCCACGGGGCCAACCAGGUCCGCGAUAGCGAGAGCCUUCGUCGGCUGGUCGAGGAGAUGUGUCAGUCGGGGCUUGUUCUGAAAGCGUAUAAGCUUCUCCGAGGUAUAAUAGACAGCGGAGUUGUGCCCGACGUUGUCACGUAUAACAUACUGAUCAAUGGCUUAUGUAAAGUGGGGAAUCCGGAUGGGGCGCUGAAGCUCUUCAAAGAGCUUCAAAUGAAGGGGCAUUCCCCUGACGCAGUCACUUACGGGACGUUAAUCGAUGGGCUCAUGAAGGCUCACCGAGAAGACGAUGCUUUCAUGGUGUUUCAGCAUAUAUUGCGGGGUGGGUCCACCCCUAGCUUGUCGAUCUACAGCACCCUCAUGAGAACUUUGUGUAGGAAGAAGAGAAUAUCGCAAGCAGUGAACCUCUGGUUGAACUACUUGUCUCAACAGUGCCAAAAUCCUCAAGAAGCUGGAGUAGUUGCAGCGGUGAGGAAACAUUUUGAGGACGGUGAGUUAGAAGAAGUAAUAAGAGGCUUAAUUGAUAUGGAUCGGAAACACGGUUCCGUUCGUCCAUUUCCGUACACAAUUUGGCUUAUUGGGUUUUGUCAGGCGAGAAAAGUCGAGGACGCUCUUAGGAUUUUUAACAUUCUGAGAGAGCUCGACAUUGACGUUACUCCGCCAAGCUGCGUCCUUCUUAUUAAUUGCUUAUGCAGGACUAGGGAUCUAUCCUCGGCAUUGGAUGUUAUGCUCUAUGCAUUGAGAAAAGGUUUCAAUUUUAUGCAACCAGUUGGCAAUCGCCUACUUAAGAGACUUUGUGUUGAUAACAGGAAGCAGGCUGCCAAAGCCCUCGCAUGGCGAAUGCAUCUUGCUGGAUACGAUAUGGACGCAUAUCUGCGGGAUACUACUAAAGUCCUAUUAUACAAUCAUUAGAAGUCUCUCUUGUAUUUUACUUACGACUUCACCGUUUCUUUCAAGACUGAUUGUAGGAUUUUCGUAUAAUUGGAAGAAGUUGCUUGGGUAAAUUACCCAUUUUCAAAAUGAAGCAGCUGCAGAGGGGGUACCAAACUUUGUAUGGUUGGGUGUUUUUUUGACCCCUACAGUAGUUUGUAACAUCAAUAAUAAGGUAAGGUAGUUGAUGAGGAUUUUUUUUUUUCUUUCUAAUUUAUUUCCUUA